AUGCCGGGCUCUAAGAAGGACCGGAAGAAUGGCAAAGAAGGCGGCGGCGUGGUCGCAGCGGUGACAAAACAUGGUGCUAAGUUCUCCAACGAGACCACCACCCAGGAUUCUUCUUCCAACCCUUCGCCUAUUAUCACUCCAGAGAUGAAUCCUUCUAGCCUGUCGUCGAACGAUAACCACAUCACCUCGCCGAUGCUGGACGCUGUUUCAUCGACCUCUUACGCAACAAGCAACUCGCCGCGCACAAGAGAAUGGGCAAGAGGGCUCGGUGCAGGCAUGGCUGGGUCUCCGGGGAACCUCAUCAACCUGGCCGGGGAGUCACCUCCCACGGCGCCCUCCUCAUACGAGGACACGCGCGGUAUGCGGUCCGGCUGGUCCUCGCCGAGACCGGCUGUUGGUUACCAUCCAGCCUCGGCUUCUCCGCCGACUGCUGGCCGCCGGCCACUUAGUUUCCACCUGGACAACCAAUACUCCCCCCCGGACUCCCAUCUUCAUCUCGCCGCAGCGGCAGCGAGACGCAGCUCGAUGCACUCGCACUACACCCAGGCUAGGGCUGUUUCGAACCCGCCGCUUCCGCAUCAACCACAGCCGCACUUUUACGGUGUGCCUGCUCUUGAUCUUAAUAUGCAGCAGCAGUCUGGCAUGAAUGCAGGCGAGAAGGGCUAUUAUUUUGGCUUUGAUACCCUCUCAGCGCAUGAUGCUGAUCGCGCCCCUGGAAAGGACAGCGUGGUUCUAGCCGGGUAUGAGGGAGGGCUCGAGGUAUUCUCGGUUGGAAAACGGGGCCUCGAGAGAGCUGCCAGUCUUAAGGGACUGCGCGGAGGCGUGUAUCACGCCAAGGUUCUGCCGUGGACACCCGAGCACUCUGAGCUGUUCCCUCUGGUUGCGGUAGUCAUCCAUGGCCCGACCAUCCCCGUGCCGCUGCCGGAAGUCAACGUCGAAGGGGACUACGAUGCGGUUUCUGCCGACAGGUCCGAGGCUAUGAGUAACGCUAGUCCGGAUCCUGCAGCCAGGAAUAUUGGCAACCGGACUGCCCCUGGCUACGUCGAGUCGUACCAGACAACAGUCGAGGUAUUCUCGCUGAAAACUGGUCGCCAGGUGAGCGUUCUUCUUGAGGCGCCUAAGAUACCCCUCAAGUCGCCCAUCGCAAGCCCGAGCUUCAAGGCUCCUUCACCGAGCGGCGCAUUCCAUGUGCUUGCCGAUGGCGGCAACAUCGUUGUAUCGUCUGGCGUCACGGGCGAGUGCUGGAUCUACCGCCAGGCACCAGCCGCCGACGAGCACUUGCCUCACUUCUACUGCCACGGUAAGGUUUGGACGACCCUCCAGCAACCACUCAAGGGGGAGGCGGCUCCGGAGCCCGAGAGAGGCCGUUCUCCCGCUCCUCCACGCCCCCGGCCGCAAGUUGCGAUCCUUAGCGUCAGCGGCAGAUGGAUUGCUUACUGCCCUGCCACACCGUCCUCUCAGAUUGCGUUGAGAGCGUCUGUCCCUGUACCCGUCGUCGGCCGUGCUCCCGGCCUGGCGUCUGUGACGCCACCGCAGCUGCCGCCCGCCGCUGCCGAACUCGACCUUCCCCUUCCCGAGAGUGUCAUGAACAAGAUCAUGAGGGAUGCCACCCAAGAACUGAUUCAGGGUGCGAAAUGGGUUGGCAAGCAGGGUUGGCAGGCCUGGAACAAUUAUUGGAACCCGCAGACGAAUCAGCCACCGCAGUCACCAACCCUCGCCCCCCAAGGCUGGGGAGGAACAGGUGGUGUACGGCCGGAUCCCUCGCAGUUCCCACCGACUCAUGGGACAGUUUCCCAGCCGAUUGUGAAGGAGCCAGGUCUGGUCUCGAUUUUAGAUAUUGAGAGUCUCUGCUCCUCGGUAAACCCGCAUCCAGUUACCACAUUUGCCAUCCCUCAUGGCUGCAGCUUUCUUUCGUUUUCGCCGUCUGGCCUUGCUCUGUUUAGUGCGAGCAGCAAAGGCGACGUGCAGAGCGUAUGGGAUUUGAUGCGUAUUCAAUACACAAAAUCCUCGCCUCUACAGGCUAUCGGAUCGCCUCCUGGCGGCCCGCGGGUACGUCAGAUUGCCCAGUUCUCUCGCAUGACUGUGGCACGCAUUGUCGAGGUCGCCUGGGCACGCCCGAAUGGCGAGCGUCUGGCGAUGGUCACAGAGCGAGGCACCGUCCACUUAUUGGAUCUACCGUCAAGCGCCUUUACAUGGCCUCCACCCCGCCGCCGGAGAACCCAAGAGGUCCAGGCUGCGGCCCCGGAAGCUCCAGCUACGGCAGCUUCGAUUGCGUCAAAUGCACUAAGCUCCGUCCGCGAUGUCGCGCGCCCGCUCAUCAAUCGCCAGCGUAGGAGCAACUCCAACGCGCCGCCGGCCACAGGCUCAGCCAUCGGUGAGUAUGCCACGCAUGGCGGGAAGGUCAUCGCCGCCAGUAUCAGCCAUUCGUUGGGCAAGACUGGCAACGCAAUCAGCCAGCUUCGCCACACGGGGGAGAACAGAGUCUCGCUUCCUCAUUCGACCUCCCUACCCGAGCCGUCGUGCGUGCUCUGGGUUUCUAAGAAGACAAGCCACUCACUCUUCGUCCUGGGCGGCGGCCUCGUUCGGAUGUUUUCGACUAAGAGCAGGAUCACAUCCUCCGGUGCCAACAGGCGUACGCAGCGUCUCUCGCGAUACAAAGACUUCCAGGUCCCAUUGUUGCCGGACGAUGUCCUGUCCCCGCUAGUGAAGAACAUGCUUGAUCCUGACGAGUACCUGGAUAUUGAGCAUCUGGAUGCCGGUACCAACACCAUGGUGCUCAACCAGCCCAGGUCACGGGCACGCGUCCACGACCCGAGCGCCGAGUCUUCCAUUCCUCAGGCCGAAAUAGAGUCAAGCGCGCCCUACCAGCCGUUCCACACUGACAAGCGGGUGGGGUUGUAUGAGUUUGAGGUGCCUCAACAAGAGAUGGCCCUCACUGCUCUCAUGGCAGCAACUUCGCUAGACGAGGCCGCAUCAGAACCCACUCCGCGCCGGAAGAAGGGAGCUCGGCCGUCCCAAACCCAAAGUGGCGCGUCGACUCCUGCGGGGGCAUCUGACGCUUGGGCUUUCGGCCAGGCGAUGGAGGCAACUAAGCUCGACCUCGGCAUACCCCAACUUCCAGAAGCCGAUUCGUUCAACCCGCCACUUGAUGCCUCGCGCGCACUCCCGGCGUCUGCAAUGGAAAGGAUCCUACAGCGGACCGGGGAUGACGACGCGCAGAUUGUGGUCACGACGCGCCGGAGGCGGGGCCCGGCGCUCACGCAGGAUGAUGAUGGGUUCUUUGAGGACGAUUGCGAGGUGCUUGAUUUUGCGGACCAGAGGGUUUAA